AUGGCGACAUUCUACUAUGAAAAUGGGGCUCUAGAACAAUGUUAUCGUUCUGGAGCGGCCAUCAUAGACAUUUCCGAUGAACAUGGCGGAAAAGACGAGGACAUGGAGCGCAAAAAGGCUACACAAACCGAACCCGGUGCAGACUUCUACGAGCGUGCAUAUGUCGACACCAUUAUCUAUUGUAUCGCGGGCGCCACCAGCAAACAAACUUGGUGGCAUUUAACAGGAGGCUGGCUAGUAGCGAAACACGUUAAAGCUGCUUACCUCGUGCCCAAGUCACUUUCCCGACGAGGGCUCGCAUAUCUGUUUGGCGCAGAGGAGCUGACAUGCCGAGAUAACAGACCCGCCAAACGAUACCUCUACUUCCGGUUCAUCUCGUUAAUCAUACACGCCCAGAAAAGUGGCAAUGUCGAGGUACUCAACCGCCUAGACGUCAAAGCAUGUUGGGCAUUACUGGGGAAAUAUCUGAGAAGGUUGACCCUCCGCACUAUUGCCAGGCAAAUAUCCAGCUUUGAAUUGGCCCCAGCUGCCUACGAGGACAUGACCAUUGUUUAG